GCUUUUUUCAUUGUAUAAUAUCCAUAAUAUUAAUAUUGCUUUUGAACAUUGUAGUAGAACUAAAUGUGUCUAAUAGGCAUUUAUUUUUGUUUGUUUGUCGUUUAAAGUGUCCAAGUGAAUCAUGUUAGUCAACAUUGAUCUAAGUUCAGUGGAGUUCGAAUCGCAUUUGGGAUCUGGCUGUUAUGGAGGCAAUGUGUCGUUAUAUCGUAACAGAAAGGACAAGCGCAAUCGCCGACUGGUUAUCAAAUCUAUUCCCUAUAACAGUCCGGAAUACGCGUAUAAAACCGUGCUAAAAGAACAUACUAUUCUGUCCCAGAUAAACCACCCUCGAAUAUUACGCUACUUCGGGUUCUUUCAAACAAGCGAUUCUUGGAAUAUGAUAACAGAAUUUGCGGAACGAGGCAACUUGGCAGAUUUUCUACAGCGACGCCGUGUUCACCGUGCAUUUCUCAGCCAACGGCUCGUUAUGGUCAAGUUUAUGGACAUGGUGGAAGCACUGCAGUAUCUACACCAGAGGAAAGUAAUACACCGAGAUUUGAAACCGGAGAAUGUACUGAUUGAUGCUGAUAACCGUUUAAAGUUGGCAGACUUUGGAAUCGCGAAGAUUUGUAGCACCCAUCCCAACGGAUCGGAGCUGGACGAAUUGAAUAUGACGAUCGUGGGUACUCCACUGUACAUGGCACCUGAGGUAGCAACCGGUAAACGGUAUGAUUAUAAAAGUGAUGUGUGGCCUCUUGGGAUAAUUUUCUAUGAAAUGUGUAUGCUGGACCAUCCGUUUUUGGGUUCUGACCUGACCGAGAAUGGUAAAAUUAAGUUCAAGGCACCUAGGAUUGACUGUGAUGGUAAAGGCUAUCAGCCGGGAAUGCAACUGCUCUGCGAGAUGAUGGUUCAGGUGGAGCCUAAGAAACGCUGGACGUUGGAGAAUAUAAUCAAAGAUGCUGGCGUUAUAUCAUUAAUGACGUGAAACGUGUGUUUCGAGAUG